CUAGCUCAUUGCUCCACACACAGCGUAAUUAUAAAUAAAAAAAGGCACGGCACUCCCCACCUCGCGUCGCUGAGCAAGAGGCGGAGAAGAAAGCAAGCACUCGAUCGACGACACAGGUAGAGCAAUGGCGACCUCCCUCCCGGGCGCGCUCCUCCUUGCCCGUGCCCCCCCGGCCCCUACCACCAGGUGCAGCCUCCGGCGUAGUGGCGCCGCCGCACGGGCUGCAGCUCCGCCUCGCUCCGUGGCCGCCAGGAGGAGCUCGCUCCGCGCCGUCGGCGUCAGCUUCUCCUCCGAUGGACCCAGGUCUGGGGGCGACGAGGCGCUGCGCCCCGAGGUGGAGGCGGCGGCGGUGCCGCGCUCCGUGCCCGUGCGCGUCGCCUACGAGCUCCACCAGGCUGGCCACCGGUACCUCGACGUCAGAACCGAGGCCGAGUUCAGCGCUGGGCAUCCCCAAGGAGCUGUAAAUAUCCCCUACAUGAACAAGACCGGCUCAGGGAUGACGAAAAACACCCACUUUCUUGAGCAAGUAUCGAGGAUCUUUGGCAAGGAUGAUGAGAUCAUCGUUGGAUGCCAAAGUGGCAAGAGGUCUCUCAUGGCAGCAACUGAGCUCUGCUCUGCUGUAAGCAUGAUCACCCCCAUCAUCUAUCUGGUUUCACUGCUGUGACCGACAUCGCUGGCGGAUUUUCUUCAUGGAGGGAUAAUGGAUUGCCUACCACCCAGUGAUCUGAGCUUGCCAGCAAUUAUAUCUUACUGAAGCCCAGUUUCCUGUCAAGGCGGCCUAGCUCAAGGAUUGCACAUAUUGUUCUUCUCGGCUUAGAAAAUAACAGCACUGAAUAAAUGGAGCCUGCUAAACAGAGUAGUAGCAGAACAGAUUGGGGGUUUGUGUACUCCUUUCGAUGAUGCAUUUCACAUAAAUGUAAAUGGCCAUACCGGAGCUGAGCAGUAUUGUGUUACAGAAUCACAGCACUAAAACAAGUUCAGCAUACUUCA